AUGGAUCUAGCCAAACACACAAGACUCCAAAUACUGGGAUGCAUACUCCUUGCAUCACUUGCACUAACAAUGGCAGAUACGCCACCGGGCAUAGCCAAGAACCCAAGCCAUGCAACAUGUAAGAUCAAGAAAUACAAACAUUGCUACAACUUGGAACAUGUUUGUCCCAAGUUCUGCCCUGACUCUUGUCAUGUUGAAUGUGCCUCUUGCAAACCCAUAUGUGGCCCUCCUUCUCCUGGUGAUGAUGGCGGUGAUGACGACGGUGGAUACACUCCUCCGGCCCCAACUCCAACUGAUCCUAAACCUCCAGCUCCUGUUCCUCCUGUUUCACCACCACCUCCAGCCACUCCUACACCUUCAACGCCAAAUCCUCCUUCUGGCAGCGACGAUGAUGACAAAGGUCAUGGUAAAGGCGGUGGUAAAGGCGAUGACAAAGGAGAUGGUGAUGAUGAUAAUGAUGAUGGUGGUGAUGAUGAUGAUGACGACGAUGAUCAUAAGCCAACGCCUCCGACUAUGCCUACUCCUCCUUAUCCUACUCCCACUCCUAUGCCCCCGGCUCCUGUUCCUCCUGUCUCACCACCACCUCCAACUCCAACUCCGGCUGUGCCAAGUCCCACUCCACCAACUUCACCACCGCCUCCAACUCCAACUCCCGCUGUUCCAAGUCCCACUCCACCAACUUCACCACCACCUCCAACUCCAACUCCAGCCGUGCCAAGUCCCACUCCACCAACUUCACCACCGCCUCCAACUCCAACUCCAGCCGUGCCAAGCCCUCCUACUCCCACUCCUCCUACACCGGCUGUGCCAAGUGCUCCUACUCCUCCGACACCAUCUGUGCCAAGUCCUCCUGGUACUCCCACUGCACCAGUCCCACCAUAUUCUCCACCAGCAACCCCUACACCCUCUGUUCCAAGUCCCACUCCUACACCUCCGGGCUCCACUCCCGCGACUCCUACCCCUUCUGUCCCAACUCCUCCAGCCACGCCUGCACCAUCCGUCCCAACUCCUCCUGUGACUCCUACUCCCCCUGGCUCUACCCCUUCUCCUUCAGUCCCUGUUCCAAGUGCUCCAAACUCUCCUCCUUAUGUUCCCCCAUCUUCUCCUUCUCCGACCCCUCCAUCAGACGGGGAAGCAGGAGCCGGAGUCAGAAGAGCCAGAUGUAAGAAGAAAGACUCUCCAUGUUAUGGAGUUGAGUACACUUGUCCUGCUGCAUGCCCUCGUUCUUGUGAAGUUGACUGCGUCACUUGCAAGCCUCUUUGCAAAUGUGACAAGCCAGGAUCUGUAUGCCAAGACCCACGUUUCAUCGGAGGAGAUGGUCUCACCUUUUACUUCCACGGCAAGAAAGACUCUAACUUCUGCCUUAUCUCCGAUCCUAAUCUUCACAUCAACGCACAUUUUAUCGGUAAACGAAGGUCUGGUAUGUCACGUGACUUCACAUGGGUGCAAUCCAUUGCAAUCCUUUUCGGUACUCACCGUUUCUACGUCGGAGCCCUUAAGACAGCCACAUGGGACGAUUCCGUUGAUAGAAUCUCCGUCUCUUUUAACGAAAAUGUUAUCUUACUACCCCAACUAGACGGUGCCACGUGGACUUCUUCCCAAGGUGUAUAUCCUCAGGUCUCUGUCAAACGAGUCAAUGCUGACACUAACAAUAUCGAGGUUGAAGUAGUGGGUAUGCUUAAGAUCACAGCAAGAGUGGUGCCAAUAACAAUGGAAGAUUCAAGAAUUCAUGGUUACAACGUAACGGAAGACGACUGUCUAGCUCAUCUCGACUUGGGCUUCAAGUUCCAAGACCUUAGCGACAACGUAGAUGGUGUUUUGGGACAAACGUAUAGGCCUAACUACGUAAGCCGAGUCAAGAUCGGAGUUAACAUGCCUGUGAUGGGUGGUGACAAGGAAUUCCAGACCACCGGACUGUUUGCACCUGACUGCUCAGCGGCAAGGUUCACCGGUAACAGAGGCAGUAACGGUGGCCAGAGCAAAAUGGAGCUCCCUGAGAUGAGUUGUGCCAGUGGCGUAGGUGGCAAGGGAGUUGUCUGCAAGAGAUAGACGUUUCUUUCCUCUAAACUUUAUUAUUAAUUACUACUACCACUAUACAAUAUGGUAAGUGGUAAACUAUAAUAUUAUAACUAAGUAAUAAAUCUGUAACACUGUUUUUUUCUGUAACAAUAAUAUCAUAGUGAAAGGAAAAUGUAAUUUAAUUGAACUGAAUAAAUUGCG